AUGAGGAUAGGAAGGAUAACACCGAGGAAGGUCUAUUCCCUGCAAAAGAGUCACUAUUGUCCAAGAUGUAAUCGGGGAUUUACGCAGAAGAAGAACAUGAGACGCCAUUUGCAUCACGAAUGUGGCAUGGAGCCGAAAUAUCAAUGCCCAUAUUGCGACAAACCAUCGAAAUUUACCCAAAAUAUUUAUGCACAUAUAAGAAGAUAUCAUCCUGGUCAAACGUUGCAUUUGACCUACGAAUGCGGCAAGGCACCACGUUUCAAGUGUCCACAUUGUGUCUACAUAGGGAAACAUAGAUCACAUGUUUAUUCUCACAUCAAGAGCAAUCAUUAUAAUCGUCCCGUUUACGCGGUUGACACGCAGGAAGAUUAA